UUCUUCUCUCUUCCUUCGUCUCGCGCGGUCGAGGCGGUGAAUUCUCCAUUAGCGCUGCUGUGGUGGGUUAGGGUUUGGAUGUGGCGGUGGGGCAGAGAAUGGGGCUCUAGAAACUAGGAUUUGGCGUCCGCGAUGGCCGCGAUUGGAGCUCCGAUUGUGUGCGCGGGCAAGGCGACUGGAUCGAGCUUUGGAGCGUCAUGCAAGUGCCAAUUCUCGCCGGUGACACUUGUGGCAAGGCGAAAUCUCACUGUUCAGUCCCGGGGAAUGUUUCUUCACAGCUCGCAGCUAAGCUUGUCUUCGCGCUCUAGAUUUUUCAAUGGAGGAAAUGGAAUUUCGCUGCUGGCAGCAGUGGUGGCUUCGUCGAGCCGGGAUGGACAAGGGGCAAUGGGGGCUCGAAUGAACAUUUUUGAGCGAGUUAUUAGAGUAGUCCGGUCUUACGUAAAUGCUGCGGUAAGUGCUGCCGAGGAUCCAGAAAAGCUGCUUGAUCAGACAGUGCUCGAGAUGAAUGAGGAUCUCAUCAAAAUGCGUCAGGCAUCUGCCCAGGUAUUAGCAUCUCAGAAACAACUAGAGAACAAGUAUAGGCAGGCCGAAGAGAACUCUCAAAGCUGGUAUAAAAGAGCAAAACUGGCACUGGAAAAGGGAGACGAAGUUCUUGCCCGAGAAGCCUUGAAGAGGAGAAAAGAUUACGAGGAAAAUGCUAAGGCGCUGAGGACGCAGCUUGACCAACAAAAGUCCGUCGUGGAGAAGUUGAUAUCCAGCACCAGACUUCUCGAGAGCAAGAUUCAAGAGGCCAGGUCGAAAAAGGAUACUCUGAAAGCCAGAGCGCAAUCUGCAAGAACGUCGCAAAAGGUCAAUGAGAUGCUGGGAAACAUCAACACGAGCAGUGCUUUGGCAGCCUUUGAAAAAAUGGAAGAGAAAGUGACCGCCCUGGAAGCGGAAGCCGACUCAUUGAACGAGCUCAACACGGACGAGCUCGCUGGAAAGUUUGCUCUACUGGAGAGCGACAGUGUUGAUGACGACCUCGCGGCGCUAAAGCAAGAGAUGCUUGGUACUUCCAAGAAAGCUGGCGAGCUCCCGGCUGGGCGAUCCCCCGUUGGCAGCAACGCAUUCGCAGACGUCGAGAUCGAAAAGGAGCUAAACGAAUUGCGAAGAAAAACUAGAGAGCUAUAAGCUGCGCAAAGCACAGUGUUGAAGAGACGCGAAUCCGGCAAAGAAAAGCGUUUCUUUUUUCUAGCAGGGAUUUUGGAGGGAGGAGGAUUUUCAUUGCCGAGGAUGGCCUGGACACCAUCACGAGUAGCUCAUGACAAGUUCUUGGGAAAUGCUAGUGCCGUGUACGGUAGCGAAUUCCAUCCCGGAAUUUGGGUGCCUGGGAUUGCUGGAUCGUUAACCACGUGGCAGGGGAACAAAAUCUAACAGGCACGCCGAUUCCGACAAGAAUAAUCAGCCAAAAUGCCUUUAGCGCAGAGGCCUGGGUUCGAUUCCCGAGACCGACGACCUCUCACUCUCACGUUUGAAAUAGUCUAUACUUUUCUUUCUUA